AUUGAUGAUAGAAAUGUUUAUUAACUCAUUCCUAUAGACUGUGACAGAACACCAGACAUCAUCAGCAGCAUCAAGUGGAUUAAUAGGCAACAUUGAAGGCUCGGAAGUAGCAUCUAAUUCAAUAUUAAGCGAGCCGAUUUUACACGAAUCGAUUAUGCGACAGUCGCAAGACGAGAAAAAGCCACCUGAGCACCAGACAGAGCAUUGUAUAAUACCAUUCUCAUCGUCUCAACAUACUGAAAAAAAAUUAAGUCGAUUCCCUAUUACGAAGAACGAAAAAGGCACCCAGGAACGCUUAAUGAUUGAUCUCGAGCAGAUAUAUGUUGCUGUGGAUGAAUUUUCGAUUGAAGAAAUUAGAGCGAGACAAUCAUGCUAUGCAUCUGAUAUCAAUACUGAGGAGAACUCAGGGAGGCCGCACUCAAGGCCACCAGACAAACGUCCAAACACAGGCAAUCAACAAAGCGAUAAAUACCACUGUAUCCCAGUAGCUCCAUCACCACAAACCCUAAAUUAUAGCACUGAAGAUAGCAAUACUCAACAAUCUUCGCAGGCCAAGUCUUUACUGCAUACAAGCCCAAAGGAUUUUGACGACCGGGUUUUUGACACAGCUAGACGUAUGACUGCAUCAUCUCCCACUCUGCAUACCAAAUAUGCGUCAGCAGAGAUGAACAAGAUCUUUAGUGAUCGAUCGCGCUCAAGGCGAAGUAUGGAUUCACAGUGGAGCGCUGAAGACAGUCAAGGCGUCGAGGAAGAUGAGCUGGAAAAGUUUACAAUGGCUUAUUCAAUCCCAAACAUCCCUUGGGAGUUUACUACUCCAUCAUACGAGAUUCUGGAGAACGAAAUUCAAGACGGAUACGAUGAAGAUGAUGACCAGGCUAGGGAUAAAACAGAGGAUUUUCUUAGGAAAUUAGAACAGGGUUUUCCAUCGACAAUCACGCAGGAUAUUGAGGCACUAAAGAGGAAGCGAGCUGAAGAAGGAGAAAGCAAUAGAUUGUCAUUUCUUCCAAAUAAGAGAAGUCCCUUCAGAUCCGAUCCUAGUCGUAGACAGUCUGAUAUCACCAUGGUCAUCGAACAAAAGGUUCGCCAGAUGCAACAACACCAACAUCACCAAAUGGAAGAACAAGUAGAGGACACAUGGCGCUAUGUAAGUGAAGAAGCAAGCUACGUUGAAGAUAGCGAAUCUAUGGGCAUGAGAAGCCACAGUCUGCAGGAUACAGAAAACGCGUCCUCAAUAGGAAACGAUAUCCCAUCCACACGAACGCUUCAAGUUUUUUGCGACGAUACAGGAAAUCUUGACUCUGAUUUAAAUAUUCCCAUGCUUGAAGAUGAGGCACCUCCGCCUUUUUUAGAUCACGAAGAUUUACUUUAGCAAAACUUGAACACGCCUUUUUUGUCAAGUUUCAGACUUUUUUUUUUUUUUGUCUUGCGUAGUAUAUUAAGCACAUCGGCAGGUUGCUAUUAAAAUUAUUCUGCUUAUUUUAUCGCACAAUAUUUUUCUUAGCCUUUACUCAUUCAAAUGCACAUGCGCCUGUGUGCAUUCUACCUGUUUUAU